AUGCUGCUCAUGGAGGACAUCCCAAUGGCGCUCGACGUGAGCUUACCAGAAGUAGAUGAGAGUCUCUUUGACCUGGACUCGGCGACCGCGCCGUCGUUAGCUCACAAAGUCCCCAUUCCACCACGCAACAGAAGCAACAAGAUUUUGGUUGACUUGGCGAUUCUCCACAACGAAGCGUACGACCUCCAGCAAAAGCUUGAGGAACUGAAGCAAAAUCGUCAAGCUAUCAUGACUUCGUCGAAAUCUGGAAAGUGGGCACAGGUCGCGCGGAGCCAGUUGGCGUGGAAACUUCGAUCGAUGCGGGAGAACGACGACCUGAACACGAUGCUCAAGCAGCAGACGGCAUGGCGGCAUCAACUCGAGCAUUGGGUCCUCAAGAAACCUCGCUCCAUCAUGAAUCGCUUGGACGACGAGCAGUGGCGGGUAUUGCACCUCCCUCUCGAUGACGCGAUGCGAAAUGCUGCAAUGCACGCCAUAUUGAAUCGCCAAUUCGACCGAGUGGAAAGCGAGAUGGUUGCCAGUGGCCUGUUUGAUCCAUCGACUGACGAAGUGGACUCAUUCCGAUGCAACUUGACGUCGCCGCCGCAGUUGGUGGCCGAAGUCAUGCGGUUCACCACACUGACUUCGCCCUCGACAUCUUCCGCCAACGUUGCUACCAACGUGUGGAGUACGAUUCUGUCGUUGGGAUCGCGCCCUGACACGACUCAAUUGGCGUACAAGUGGCAGCUCGAGACGAUAGAUGAUUGCACCUUAUACCUACGACAGUGGGUGGGCACUUUGGACGGAGACUUUCAACUGGAGUCGGGAGUACUGGUCAAGAAGUUUGUCGCGGACGAAAAGACUUGUAUCGUCUGGAGGACAGUGCUCGAAGACGCCAAGAUGCCGUUUUCGCCGUCAAGCGUUGUGGCCAACCACUCGGGGUGGAUUCAAAUUGCUCCAUUCGACUGCGCAGUGUCGUUUACGGCGUAUUGCAAGGUACAAGUGGCCGACGCGGGACUGGCGAGUCGCCUUGGCCCUCUCCUUGAUGCCAUGCGCGGCGGUGAUGGUGGGCAGGUUGCAUCCAUGAACAAUGCGUUUGCGAUGAUGCAGGACGCGUUCUUGUGUGGGUUUCGCGUGUUUGAAGUGGACGCCACCGCUCAAGAUCCCGACCUCGAGACGAAUGCACACGACCAGGGCGUAGCUGGAGGACCGGGUCGCAUCCCACCGGUCCAACCGUGGACGUGGGAUGGCAUGGCGGUGGAAGCCCCAACUCUAUCGACGCCGUCGUAUUCAAUUCUUUGCGAAGCGUAAGAGAAAGUUGGUUGGCACCAAUUGCUUAUUUAUGUAUUUCGAUGAAUGCACAAGUUUAUGCA